CGGGGUCGGGGCCGCGGCAGGGGCGCUCGUGGAGGCAAAGCCGAGGACAAAGAGUGGAUCCCGGUCACCAAGCUGGGCCGCCUGGUCAAGGACAUGAAGAUCAAGUCGCUGGAGGAGAUCUAUCUCUUCUCCUUGCCCAUCAAGGAAUCUGAGAUCAUUGACUUCUUCCUGGGGCCAUCCCUCAAGGACGAGGUCCUGAAGAUCAUGCCGGUGCAGAAGCAGACCCGGGCCGGGCAGCGCACCAGGUUCAAGGCGUUUGUGGCCAUUGGGGACUACAAUGGACACGUGGGGCUGGGCGUGAAGUGCUCCAAGGAGGUAGCCACCGCUAUCCGCGGGGCCAUCAUCCUGGCCAAGCUCUCCAUCGUGCCCGUGCGCCGAGGCUAUUGGGGGAACAAGAUCGGCAAACCACACACUGUCCCUUGCAAGGUGACCGGCCGCUGUGGCUCAGUGCUGGUGCGCCUCAUCCCCGCGCCUAGGGGCACUGGCAUCGUCUCCGCCCCGGUUCCCAAGAAGCUGCUGAUGAUGGCUGGUAUCGACGACUGCUACACCUCGGCCAGGGGCUGCACUGCCACCCUGGGCAACUUUGCCAAGGCCACCUUCGACGCCAUCUCCAAGACCUACAGCUAUCUCACCCCCGACCUCUGGAAGGAGACCGUGUUCACUAAGUCUCCUUAUCAGGAAUUCACGGACCACCUGGUGAAGACCCACACAAGAGUCUCCGUGCAGAGGACCCAGGCUCCAGCCGUGGCGACCACAUAGUUUGGUAACAGGAAAUAAAGUGGACUACGCCUGUG